CUCUCCUGUGUGCCGCGCGCGGUGGACCGGACGCGGAGUGACGGCGCUUUCGUGCAGCAUCCUGCGCGCGCACCGCCCGCUCGACUGACAGCGCCGGAGCUCCAAUGAAAGCCGCCGACAUAUUGAGGCUGUCAAAUCAAAGCCGGAGAGGAGGCGCUGUCCCGUCGUCGUCUGGGUGACGUCAUGGCCAAACAGCUGGUCGCUGGCAAAUAUGUGAAAAAAUGUAGAGCGGCGCAGACACUGCAAGCUGCGGCCGGGUUCCAGCCGCUGACGGAACGCUCUGCUCGGAACGAUGUGGCGGCCGGGGCGCCUGGGCUCGGGCUGCUGCCCCGCGGGGCUGCUCCUGCUUGUUUACACCUCUCUCUGCGCUGUCGGAGAUUGCCUUUUUGUGACUGAAUACUUCACCCGCACGCCUCGUAAGCUGAAUGCUUUCAACUCCUUCGCCAGUGUGGAACUGUUCCACUUCAAUGUGCCUGACGACACCAUGAUGGCCGUAUGGAACCUCAUCACCUUCAAGGAACAGGGGGGCACGUUUGGGGACAGCUGCCCCAACCGCAACGUGACAGUGUACUUCAGGUCAGGGGCUCCUCCAGUAAUCAAUCCUCUGUACACCCGCUUCCCUCGGGAUACGGUCGUCCCAGGGUCCUUCGCUCUGACUCUGACCUGGACGCUGCCAAACCGCACAACCGGAGCGUUCAACGUGACCAGCCCCCUCCCUGGAGACUGGUUCCUGGCGGCUCAUUUACCCAAGGAUGAAGGCAAGAUCUCCGUCAAGGGUCUGUCGGAGGAAUGCCAGUAUCUGUUCCAGCCUCAGCUCAUUGUCCAGAGGCUUCACGGGAUUUCCGUGCUUUAUCCGGGAUACUUCAUUGACCAGAUGAUUCCGCUCCACAACAGAUCAGCGCUCUACAAGGUGUUUAUCCCCAAUUAUAUAUCAAAGGUGAAGGUCCAGCUGGUAAACUGCAGCACCAAGAACAAAAGUAGCGACAGCUGCCCUGUUGUGCUGAAGAUAAGGGCGCGGGCGCCGCCGGUGCAUAACUCAAGUGCGCUCGACUGCAGGGAAUGGCGCCCCUGUGAAUUAGUCUCUCUGGUUCCUGCUUGGGAGCAGUGGUACUACAUCCUGGUGGAGCGAUAUCUCAGUAACUCGGACGUCUACUUUCGCAUCGGAGUGCAAGUCACAGAUUGCUCCAGACCCAGUUUGUCGAAGGACCGAGCGCAGCCCAGCUCCUCCAUGAACAUGCCUCAGUCUUUUGGAACGGCGAUGGGCUUCUCUCUGUCGGAGACGCUGCUGAUGGCGGGCCUGCCGGGCUUGUCUCACAACAGCAGUCACCUCCACACCUCAGAGGACAGCAUCAUUUACCUCGCCCCCACGGCGGACACCAAUAAGUGCUGGCCCAUCCGUCCGACGCUGCGCAAUGAGCUGGACACUUUCUCUGUGCACUUCUACAUCUUUUUCGGUCCGAAUAUAUCAAUUCCACCAGACAGAGCGGCUGUGUUUGCCAUCAACCUGAUGCCCGUUUUGGACAGCGGAGGAGUCCUCAACAUGGAGCUCAAGCUAAACAUGUCGACGGUGAAAGGAGCUAACCUCACCGUGUUCGGCUGCCUGAACCACGGGAUGCCACUUUUCCUGCGAGAAAACGCAUCGCUCAGAUGUGAAUCAGAAUCAGCUGCUGGAUUUUUCCUCUCUGUCAACGUUUCUGCUAACAUCACUAAACUGAGGAUUCCGUACCCGCAAACCGGCACUUGGUACCUCAGUCUGCGCUCUCUGUGCGCCACCGAACACGGAUUCGAGGCGUGCCCCAACGUGACGGCGGAGGUGUACAUGCGCUCGUACCUGACCCCAUGCAUCAACGACUGCGGGACGUACGGACAGUGCAAGCUCCUGCGCACCAACAACUACCUGUACGCCGCGUGCGAAUGCAAAGCAGGCUGGAAUGGCUGGGGGUGCACCGACAACUCCGAGGCGUACUCCUAUAGUUUCCAGCUCCUGUCCACGCUUCUGCUCUGCCUCAGUAACCUGAUGUUUGUUCCGCCGGUCGCCAUCGCCAUCAGGAGCAAUUACCUUCUGGAGGCUUCCGUUUACAUCUUCACCAUGUUUUUCUCCACUUUCUACCAUGCCUGUGACCAGCCGGGCAUUGUGGUAUUUUGCAUCAUGGAGUACGACGUCCUGCAGUUUUGUGACUUCCUCGGGUCACUCAUGUCCGUUUGGGUCACCGUCAUCGCCAUGGCACGCCUCAAGUCCAUCAUCAAACAGGUGCUGUAUCUGCUGGGGGCCAUGUCGCUGUCGAUGGCUUUGCAGCUGGACCGCCACGGUCUCUGGAACCUGCUGGGACCCAGUCUGUUUGCUCUGGGCAUCAUGGCUGUGGCAUGGACCGUGCGCACCAUCCGGCGAAGGCGUUGCUACCCGCCCACCUGGAAGCGCUGGGUGUUCUUCCUGUUCCCGGGCACCAUGAUCGCGACAUCCGCCGUGGCGCUGUACGCCUUUGUGGAGACGGAGGAGAACUACUUCUACAUCCACAGCAUAUGGCACAUGCUGAUCGCGGGGAGCGUGGGCUUCCUGCUGCCGCCUCGAGCCAAACCCGAUUCCAAGGUGACCCCGCUGAAGCGCAAGCGGGGCUGCGGCUAUCAGCUGUGCGUGAACGAGCACGAGGAAUUGGGCCUGGUGGACCCAGCCAUCAUUACCAUCAACAGCAUCUGUAAGAGCUGAUAAACUCCUAACGUAGAGACACUUCAUUGCCUUCUUUUACUCGGUAAAUUCACACAUGGGAAUUUAAGCCACAGAACUUGAAGAGAAAAAAGGAAAAACCAUGUAAAUAUUUAAAUCCUAAUGUGACACAAGGGAAUUCUUGUUUUUCUUUUUUUUUUGUUGUAACAGUCAUGGUACUUACGAUCGGUAUGUAAUUAUUAUUAUUAUCCAUAGCUGAAGUUCUGAUGAAUUGUGGGCGUACAGUGGCACACUGUUGUUUGUGAAUAUGUAUUUAAAGUCAAAGUUGAACCACUGCUGCUAUUUGACGGUGACUGUAAAACUGCUUCUAAUGGUUCUUUUCUGGUCGUAAGCUGGCAACUUACUUUACUGUUUGAACAAGGAACACGGUUGAGGCGAUGUAUCAAGGGCACGGCUUUCCCUGAAAUUCUUUUGUGAUUUAUCUUUUGCACUGAGACACAAAAAAAUGUUAUUCUGUACAUUUUUAUAAUAUAAAACAGUGGGCACACCAAUGUAAAACCUAGCUGUAAUGUGGAAUGUUAGACUGUCUUUUGCAAAUGCAAUGUAUCACUUUUACACGAAUGUGCUGGUGGUUGACGGAGGGGAGACGGAGGGGAGGCAGGGAUACUCCAGAGACCUCAAGACCAACUCACCUCCCUGCUCUUUUCCGACAGGACCUCUGUGACUCCGCAUUCAUGAACAAUAAAUGUUUUCUUUCUUGGUCUCGGUAUUACUUUGCUGCUACCGAA